AUUCAUUUUCUCUGUACGCGCACACACCCCCACCCUGUCAAACCAAGAUCAAUCAAUUAAUCAAUCAAUCAUGAUAUAGUCAACUAAACCUUCAAACCCAUCAAAUAUUUCAUCACUUUUUUUGCUUACAAACUUGAAGAGAUAUAUAGAUAUAGAUAUAGAUAUAGAUACAUAUAUAGAUAUAGAUUGAGAGAUCAUGGGUGUUCCUGUGCGGACGAUGGGUGUUGAUAAUCUGAGCGAAAAAGCAGCAAAAAUGAGAGAAUCCUUACAAAAAAGUCAGUCCAUUACUGAAAAUAUGGUUUCCAUUUUGGGUUCUUUUGACCACCGUCUUUCUGCCCUUGAAACCGCCAUGCGACCCACUCAGAUUAGGACUCAUGCUAUACGCAGAGCUCAUGAAAACAUCGACCGGACUUUGAAGGCUGCUGAUGUUAUAUUGGACAGAUUUGAUCUUUCUCGUGAGGCGGAAGCUAAAAUACUAAAAGGGCCACAUGAGGACCUUGAAAGCUAUCUUGAGGCAAUUGAGCAGCUUAGGAGCAAUAUUGUUUUCUUUACCAACAAUAAAAGCUUUAAAAGUAGCGAUGGAGUUAUUAACCAUGCAACUAAUUUACUUUCUAAGGCUAUAUCUAAGCUUGAACAAGAGUUUAAACAACUCUUAUCAUCAUACAGCAAAUCUGUGGAGCCUGAUCGGCUAUAUGAAUGCCUUCCAAAUUCACUACGACCCUCAUCUGGAUCACCUGAUUCAAAGAAUCCUACUAAUAGUCAUGCUGGCCACAUCACUGCUGAAACCGCAGUUUUCACUCCUUUAAUCCUCAUACCACCACGUGUCCUUCCUCUGCUUCAUGACUUAGCCCAACAUAUGGUGCAAGCUGGUCACAUUCAGCAGUGCCUUGUUAUAUACAGGGAUACUCGUUCGGUAGUCUUAGAAGAGACCCUUCAGAAAUUGGGAGUGGAGAAGCUUAGCAAAGAUGAUGUCCAGAAGAUGCAGUGGGAAGUCUUGGAACUCAAGAUAGGGACAUGGAUUCAUUUCAUGCGAAUUGCAGUGAAAUUACUAUUUACUGCCGAAAGAAAAGUUUGUGAUCAGAUGUUUGAAGGCAUUGAAUCUCUUAAAGAUCAGUGUUUUGCUGAAGUUACAGCAGGUAGUGUUGCCAUGCUACUCAGUUUUGGAGAUGCCAUAGCCAAAAGCAAGAGAUCACCAGAGAAGUUAUUUGUGCUUCUGGACAUGUAUGAGAUAAUGCGCGAGCUUCACUCUGAGAUUGAAUUGCUCUUCAGAGGUAAAGCUUGCAAGGACAUUAGAGAAUCUGCUCUAGGUUUAACAAAGCGACUUGCCCAGACAGCUCAAGAAACAUUUGGUGACUUUGAAGAAGCUGUAGAAAAGGAUGCAACCAAAACAGCUGUGUCAGAUGGAACUGUUCACCCUCUUACAAGCUAUGUGAUCAACUAUGUGAAGUUUUUGUUCGACUACCAGACUACGCUAAAGCAACUGUUUCAAGAGUUUGAAAACGGGGAGGACUCGAAUUCCCAGCUAGCAUCUGUAACAAUGCGAAUUAUGCAAGCCCUUCAAAUCAAUUUAGAAGGAAAAUCAAAACAGUACAAAGACCCUGCUUUAACUAACUUGUUUCUAAUGAACAAUAUUCAUUAUAUGGUCAGAUCCGUUCGCAGGUCUGAAGCAAAGGACUUGUUGGGGGAUGAUUGGGUUCAAAGACACAGAAGGGUUGUGCAACAACAUGCUAAUCAGUACAAGAGGAUAGCUUGGGCAAAGAUACUGCAAUGUCUAUCUAUUCAAGGGCUCUCUUCGUCUGGAGGUGGUUCAGUUGGGGGUGGUGACGGAGGCAACAGUAGUGGAGCCUCACGAGCACUUGUAAAGGAUAGGUUGAAGAUCUUCAAUGGACAAUUUGAGGAGCUUCAUCAAAGACAAUCUCAAUGGACGGUUCCUGACACAGAGCUUAGAGAGUCUUUGAGGCUUGCAGUAGCUGAAGUCUUGUUGCCAGCUUACAGAUCAUUUAUCAAACGUUUUGGGGCACUUGUUGAGAAUGGGAAGAAUCCUCAUAAGUACAUCAGGUAUACAGCAGAGGAUCUUGACCGGAUGCUUGGUGAAUUUUUUGAGGGUAAGACUUUGAAUGAGGCCAGAAGGUAGAUUUCAUACUACCAGAAAGAUAGAACGAAAGAUGUCGAGAAGAUACUGGCUAUACUGGUGUUGAGUUACUCUUUCGCCCGUGUUAGUGUACACUGUAGUCUAUCAAUAAGAAGAGGGCAUAUAUGUUCGUUUUGUAUGUAUUUGGGGAUUAAGAGGAUGAGUAGUGCUAACAAGUGAAAGAAAGAAAAGACACUGGUAAGAUGUCGAUCAAAUUUUCUCUUGGUUGAUGUUUUUUAUGCUGUUGUGAACCAUUCUUUUGUAAUUGUGUAUAGAUUAGUGGAUCAAGUUAGAUGACUAGAUUGUUUCAUUGUUUUCUGUUAUAAUAUAACAUUCAAGUUUGUUUGCUUUCA